GAUGAGCUGUGCGACUAGAUGGUCCAGUAGAUCACCGGCCUCGCCCAGCUCAGACGAACACCGUCAUCCACAGCUAUUUUUUGGUUCGAGGGCUGAUAUCAAGCUAGGGCCUAGGCGCUCGGAGGACUUGCAUCGCGGAAGGUCCCGCCCAGGCCAGCGCACCUCAAUCGCAGACAUGGCAAUGCCCCUCGAGUACAUGGGCAAGGAGAGUUUCUUCGGGGGCACCCCGCCGCUUCCGCAGGCAGCUGGCUACGCUAUUGUCCUGGGCUUCGGCGCCUUCUUCUCGGUGUUUACAACCAUCAUGGUGUACUUGGACAAGACCGCCAACGGCACGGUGAUCACUUCGGAGUUCUUCAACACCGCCGGCAGGAAUGUGAAGACGGGGCUCACAGCGUCGGUCAUUGUGUCGCAGUGGACCUGGGCAGCUACGCUGCUGCAGUCCUCCAACGUGGCCUGGAAUUACGGCGUGUCUGGCCCGUUCUGGUACGCCAGCGGCGCCACCAUCCAGGUGCUCCUGUUCGGCAUCCUCGCCAUCGAGUUGAAGAGGCGGGCACGGACGUGCCACACGGUCUGCGAGCUGGUGUACGUGCGCUGGGGCAAGGCCGCGCACUUGACCUUCAUCUUCUUCUGUCUGCUCGCCAACGUGAUCGUUACGUCGAUGCUGCUGCUGGGCGGCGCCGCCACCGUGAACGCGCUGACCGGCGUGGACACCGACCUUGCCUCCUUCCUCAUCCCGUGGGGGGUGAUCUUGUACACGGCGGCUGGCGGCCUGAAGGCCACGUUCAUGGCCUCCUACUUGCACACGGCAAUCAUCUUCUUGGUCCUUGUGGUCUGCGUCUACACCGUGUACGUCAAGGAAUAUUCCUCGAAUAUCAUUUACGACAAUCUGCAGGCGAUCGCGGGUAUGACCGAGACGGACUGCAAGGCCCGCUUCUCGACAGACGGGUCAGCUUCUUCGACGUUUUUCGAGGCGGGGACCUACUCGUGCGGCGGGGUGCUUGACAACAACGAUGGUUCGUACCUGACAAUGCUCUCGCUGGGCGGCCUCAAAUUCGGUAUCAUCAACAUCGUCGGCAAUUUCGGCACCGUGUUCGUGGACCAGUCUUACUGGCAGUCCGCCAUCGCAGCGAAGCCGGCCAGCGCGCACAAGGGCUACUUGCUGGGCGGCUUGGUGUGGUUCACCAUCCCGUUCGCACUGGCCACCUCCUUGGGUCUGGCUGGUGUGGCGCUCGGCUUGCCCAUCACCGCGAGCGAGGCUGGCUCUGGCCUGGUGCCGCCGGCCACGGCCGUGCACCUCUUCGGUGAUUUCGGAGCUGUGAUGAUGGCCACCAUGCUCUUCAUGGCCAUCACGUCCACAGGCUCCGCGGAGGGUAUUGCGGUCUCCUCCUUGAUCUGCUACGACGUGUACAGACGGUACAUCAACCCGAGCGCAACUGGCGAUCAGAUUCUCAAGAUCUCCCGCGUCGUUAUUGUGGUCUUCGGGCUCGCCAUGGGUGCUCUCGGCGUGGCCCUAAACCACAUGGGCUUGAACUUGGGUUGGGUGUACCAGUUCAUGGGCAACGCCAUCGGCUCCGCCGUGGUGCCCCUGUGGAACGUCCUGAUGUGGAAGGACGCCAACGCCACGGGCGCCAUUGUUGCUGCGUGGGGAGGCAUGAUUCUCGCGUUGGCUACCUGGCUGAUCAUCUGUCAGGCUGAGUUCGGCGAGAUCACGGUGGACAAUCUCGGCACCCUCAACCCGAACCUGGGGGGCAACAUCGUGGCGCUGGCCUCCUCCGCGCUGAUCCACGCGGGCUUCUCCUUUGCCAGCCCGCAGAACUACGAUUUCGAGUCGAUGGGGCAGAUUGAGAUGAUGGAGAACGACCAGUCUGGCCUGGACGAGGCCGACUACACCCCGGAGUUCCUGGCAGAGGCCAAGGCGUGGAUCACAAAGUACGGCUGGGGCUUCACCAUCCUGAUGGUUAUCGUGUGGCCCGUCCUCUCGCUCCCGGCCGGCGUCUUCACCAAGGACUACUGGGCCUUCUGGGUCUUCAUCAGUAUCGCUUGGGCCUUCAUCGCCACCAUUACCAUCAUCGCUCUUCCGAUAUACGAGUCUAGGGAUGCCAUCCUCGGCGUCCUCAUGUUCAUGGUGGGCAAGAAGAAGGCGGAGCCGGCGAAGAGCGAGGAGGCGGCAAUCUGAUCGUGAGGAGAGCGCGGAUGCCGAGAAUAUUCGGUGAAUAUCCGAGUGCGACUGAGGGAGGAGGAAGGAUGGAGGAGGGAUAGGAGCACGGUCGAGGACCGAGAGUCACUUUCUCUGCCUCCCCAUGCACGAGCCCUGAGCCGCGCUUGCACGCAGAGCCCCCACACACCCCCGAGCUACCAGGAGGGCAGGGCGUCGUCAGAAGGGGGGCAGGGUCGCAGGAGCAGGGCCCACGUCGUCAUGGGCAGUCGGAGCUACUCGUCCUGGGGACGGCGUGUGUGGCCGCUAAUUCGAUCGUGCUCGCCCGAUACGAAGUCGGGCCUGUGCGUCCGCACAUCGGCGGAGGGCGUAGAGCGCCGCUCUUCCAGCCAGCUCGUCUGGCGGAUCCUGGCUUGGCGUAUUUCGGUGAUCCCGGCCGCACUCGCGCAGAAGUGUGGACGAGGCGAUCUUCAUUGAUUGUCGAAGCCAUGCUCUGUGCGUCACCCCUGCGUGCGCGAAGUGUAGCCAAACGGGUGUGGAACAUCCUGGCUUCGACAGAGGCGGCCGCACGCGGAUCAUUUCCCCACGGUGCCGCAGGGUGUGGAACAUCCUCAUGCGGACUGGGAUGUAGGCUUCUGCAUGCAAGGCGGGGGAACUCUGGCCCGAAUGGAGCGAGACCUUCUCCCCCGCGUGACCACAGAGCCCGGUUACCUUAAGAUCCAACUGCUGGGAGGCCGAAGUCGAGGAGCGGCGUCGGUAUCUGACGAGCUCACGA